GAGCGGGAGCAGUGCAAGGGGGCGUUAUUAAUCAUAACACCAGGUCCCAGACUUCAGCUCUGGAUGGAGCCACCACAACGAGCACCAGCACCACCACUGCAGCAGCAGGAGGAUCUGAAGUCACUGCUGCUCCAGGGACCCUCAGUCAGGGCAAAUCGGUGGUCAUCAGUACAAUGGCAACUGCGUUGUCCACCAGGAACGGCAAGAUUGGGACCACAACAGUGCAAACUUUGAAUGGGAGUAACGUGGUGAUGAACUCUCACCAUACAGGAAGUGCUGCUUUCUCGGGGACUCCUGUGACUGCUAACCCUGCUUCUGCACCUGCUGUUGCCCCUCUCGUUAACAAUGGACCCGGAUCCGUGGGGAAAGGAAAUACUGUUAAUGCUGUUUUGCCGUCAGCUUCCAACACUGUCAUCCAGACUUCUUUCCUUAAUACUGCUGUGUCCUCUGCAUCUUCCUCCUCGCCCACAGUUAUCUCCUCGCAGCCACCACCAAGCAUUGGAACUGGGGCGCCUACGGUGACGCUUGUGAGGCCACCGAUUCACGCAGCAGGACCCGCUGUAGCUGCAGCUGGUGCAGCCACUCAGAACGGGAGCAAUACUGUGAUCAAUUCAACCAUCAGUGUGGGGAGUUUUCCUGCUGUUGCUACAGCCACUGUGGGAUCUGGAGUUUCCCUCCAGACGUCGCUUGUGAACAGCCAGUCUGGUUCCACUGUGCCAGCAGCUCCUGCCACACAGGUCAUCAAAUCAGAGUCUCCUAAAACUAUAGUCCAGGCAGUAUCCCAACAGCAGACGCUGGCUACUGGUGGCCAGCCCAGUACUACAGGGGGUAACAUGAUUAUUGGGCAAACUAUGCAAGCUGGGCUCUCCAAUGUUGCUCCCAAUCCUGGUGGGAUACCUCCUGCAGCUCCUGGCACCCCCACAGGAAUGGCUAAAGGCACUGCCAAUACGGUGGCACAAAGUCUGCCGAGGACUCCAACAGCAACGACGAGUGGAAUCAGAGCAACUUUGACUCCUACAGUUUUAGCACCUCGUUUGCCUCAGCCACCUCAGAAUCCAACUAACAUUCAGAAUUUUCAGUUACCGCCAG